GUGUGUGUGUGUGUGUGUGUGGUUGGCUGAAAGGAGUUGCCACGAAGCUCCUGCAGACAGACAUUUUCUGAUCCUCCGAGCUUCCCAUAAUCUGUCAGAUUAAACCCAGCGGGACCUCCUCUGCGCUCCUGCGUCUCCAGCCUCCUCCUACACAUCACCAUAUUGUCUCCUGUUGUGUUUCUGUUCAUUCACACCCUCAAACAGCGCCGAUUGUUUUUUUUCCUCCUUUCCUUCCUCGCUGAGAUGACAGCCGGCUGUCUGCGGUGCUGAAACUCCCGCGACCUUCCACCUGCGGCGGAGAAAAGGCGAAUUUAUGCGUCUCCUGCUGACAAUUUGACGCAAAAUUGAGCCCGCCAGACACAAGCGGAGGGGAAGGGUCUAACUACCUGUUAGCUCCUCCGGGCUGCGGGAUCACACUGGCUCUGCUGCGUGUGUGAAGUGUCCUCUCAUCUUUAUUUAAUCCCUAUUUGAAUUCGCAGCUGCAUGUCUUCUGACCUACUUUGUGCAAGUUGGGAAUAAAACCGACGCAGGAGGAGGAGAAAGCAGCGCAGACUCGGCAGGUCUAUGAGGAGCUGAGGAUGGAGGUGGUGUGGAAACAGUGGUGACCCUGUUGGUAGGGGGAAGUUCCAGUCAUAACGCAAGGGGAGUUAAGGGAAGCUUGGAGGGGGUGAGAAAGGGGCGAGAGGGGAAGGUCUGCUGAAGAGCCAGAUGUGUGCGCGUCUGAGCGCGGAGACAGAGAAGGUUAUGACCGCGUCUCUUCACCCGGACCUGGGGCUGCUGCUGCUGCUGCUGCUGGCCUGCUGGCAAGCGCCGGGGAUGGUCGGAGCGACUGUGCCAGCAGCCCCAGUGAACGUAUCCGUGACCCAGCUAAGGGCGCACUCGGCCAUGGUGACCUGGAACGUCCCUCAGGGAGACACUGUCAUUGGAUACGCCAUCUCACAGCAGAGGCAGGACGGCCUGAUGCAGCGCUCCAUCCGAGAGGUGAACACGUCCAGCCGCUGGUGUGUGCUGUGGGACCUGGACGAGGACACGCACUACAGCGUCCAGGUGCAGUCUGUUGGGCCGCAUGGUGACAGCCAACCCAGCCGUGCCGUCCACUUCAGGACCCUGGAGAGGAGUGACCAUUAUCCAGCCGGAGUCCUGGACCACCAUGAGCCAGCGAUGGAAGGUCUGGGCAUGACUCCUCACUUACAGACAGGAGAGCUGCUCAUUAUCACCACUGUGCUGCUGCUGUGGGCAGCCGUCAUCGCCCUCUUCUGCCGACAGUAUGACAUCAUAAAAGACAACGACUCCAACAGCACGAAGGAGAAAGCCAAGAGGCCGCUGGUCCGCGCCACUUCCUCCUACUACAACCCUUCAGCCGGGAGCUCCCCCAUCUACCACAACGGAGCCGUACGCAGCAGCAGGCUCCACAGAGCCUCCUCCUCCAUCAGCAUCAUUAGAGUCUAGGAGUUUUGGAUGUUUUGGUUUCGAGACUCAGUGGAUAACUUGUGCGGCGCAGGACAGGGCGAUCAGCAGGAGGCAUUUGCUUGAGGAACUUCAGGAUUAUCAUGACAAAUGGGGAAUGUAUAUAAACCUGGCUGAGAGCCUAAUUUAUUGUAAAAUAUGGGCAAAGCAAAGGAGCACACCAUGCAAAUCACAUCCAUAUUAAACUGAGGAGUGGCACUGUGAAGGAAAUGGAUGACUACUGCUCUCUAGUGGCGGAAGACGAUGAGGUCUCUUCACAGCGUUGAAAGAGCUCUAGUGAGCUCCUCUGAACACGGAGGAGCAACAGGACAGACUCAGAUGUUUUAUUUCUUCCUCUCUCCGAUGUCAGAGACUGAACUGUGAAUAUUUUGCCAGCAUGUCGGCCAGCUGUGUGCCACAUCUCGUCCGCCUCAAAUUCAUUUUCAAAAGGUUAAUUAUUGGUUCUAACAUGAAUGCGAGAGUGUGUGUUGUGACUUCUGCGCGUUUGAACUCUGACUAUUUUGUGCGACUUAGACGUUUAACUUCAUCUGUGUUUUCCAUCUCUUAAUCAAUAAUUAUAUGUACAUUACUAACUUUAGUGUAUUAUAUGUAAUUAUUAAAGAUUAUGUACAUAGGUUAAAUUUAAAGUAUUAGUAAUUAAAGUGGAAUUCAAACACAUACUUGAAUGUAUGGGACGAUGGUGUUAAAUUUACACUGUAAACUUUCAUAAUUAAAUCAACUCAUUAUUUUACAGUGUAAUCAGAUUUGUUUGGUUACUUUAUAUUGUUAACUAAAGUCUUCAAAUAAUGACUAAAUGUCCAACUUAACUCAUCAAAUCAAAUUCUCCAGCAAAUCAAUAUUUAAUAAAUUUAGUCAGUGUAACUAAAGAGUUGAAUAUCUAGAGGUUGUCUUAGUUAAUUGACUUAAGCUGACUCUGCUGACUGUUGAUUGUUGUAAUGAACAAAUUGAGCAAAGUUUUUUUGUAAUGUGACUAAGUACUUGUACUGGAGUAUUUCCAUUUGAUGUAACUCUAUACUUCUACACAACAUCUCAGUAAAUUCUGUACUUUUUACUACUUUUUCUACCCUUUCCUGUCCAGUGAAAACCACAUAUCUCCAAAUUUGGUGAUUUUGAUUAUGAAUUUUGAAGGAUUACGUGUUCCUUUAUGAGUUUCUCCUGCUUCCCCUGUAGUUUUUCUUCUUGUUCCUACAAUGUGCUGUUUGAACAAUGUAUGUGCAGAGUUUUACACUAGAAGGAUGUUUUCACAUUCAUCUGCUGGAAGUGGACAGUUUCUCUGUGCUCAUUGAAAAUCUGAUUUUAAGGGACUUUACAGUGAAGUAGGAGACAUUUUGUGUCCAGCAGGAAAACUUUAGAAAUGAACAAAAUUGACAUAUUCUUAGAUUCUGGGGUUUUUAAUGAAUUUUUUCAGAUUGUCACAAGCAGACUAUAUGUAUAUUUGUCGUAAUACAUGACUGGAGGGGAUCUUUAAUAUAAAUCAACUAUUUAAAAACCCUCUUGCAUCGUCACACAGCUGAAACAGGGCUGUUUUUUUAGAGAUAUGUGGUUCUCACUGGACAUCGACGCUACAAACACGUGAUGAUCUAAUAUGAUGCAUUGUAGAUUAAACUACCCAACAGUGUAUAAAGUAGUUCAAAUGAGCUCAACCUUAAACACCUACAGCAGUUAAAUGCAGCUAACACAUGAAUACAGCAGUAAUAUUAAUCCAAAAACAUCAUGUAAUAGUACUUGGAUACUUUAGUUUUAAAGGCAGGACUUAGUGGAGGGAUUGUAAAUUGCAUAAAAAAUACUGGUGUAAAUGUAAUUUACAUUAACAAGAAUCACACCCAGAUCCAUUUGAUUAAUAAUUAAAGCUGCACUGGGGAACAUUUAUGAACUUAAAACACCCCAUUUACAUGCCGGAUGGACUCAGUUUGCACAGUUAAUGGGCCAAAAUGUUCAAAUAUGUAAUUAGUGUGAACUUUAAUGUUAAAUCUAAGCAUCUAAACAAGCAUCUCUCCGACUCUGCUGCCUCCACGUAAGGAUAUCCUUAAACUGCAGCAAUCAAUACUGCCUGAAAGAGAUGUCAUUCCCGCCCACUCACACUGGUAUUGCAGGUCAAAGUUCAGCCAGGUUCGAAAUCCUUCUUCUGUAAGUGAAUGGGAUGUAACUGUAGGAGAAGUCUUGGCCUGAAGGGGGAGCCGUUUGCUCACAUGAUUUAGUUUAUUGGUUAUCAUGAGGUUAUUGUCACUGACAGCUCUCUCUUGAAUGUACUACAGAGGAAAACUAGAAGACUAGAAGCAGAGGUCAUUUAAGUAAUUAUAUAUUGGAUAUGCAUUUUAAAGCUUCCUAUCAGGAUAUUUUCUUUGUACAGAAACAGCUGAAAUGUCAUUUAAUGUACAAUUUUGACCCUUUUUUUUUAGCCAAAACCUGAAAUUUCUUGGUUUGAAUAAGACCAUGCUUCAUUAGAAGAGAGGUUUUGUGAUUUUGAUUCAUUGCUCACAGUUGUUCUCCAGUUUUUUGUAGUUCAUACAAGUCGGGUACCUUUGGAAAUAAAAGGCAUCAGAAGCUACAAUAUAUUAAUGUCAGAAUCAACCACUGUGGGUUCAUCUUGCAGGAAGAAUUGCACAUUUUUCAGUAUCAAGUCUGCUUAGUUACAUCAAACAACAUAUCACUCUAAUCAUAUUGUCUGUAUUUGAAUUGUUUUUUUCCAUUUUCACUGUAAUUUAUUUUAUUGUCCGUGUUGUCCUCCAUAUAUUGAUGGUGAUUUGAAGCUAAGCAAAGAGAUUCAAUGUCUAAAUAUGAUUUCUGAUUCUCUGUAUUCUUGAGUUUGAAUAAAAAAUGAAA